UUUCUCUUGUUUGUCAAACCGUCACAAAAUUUCCAUCUGUAUGUCGUUGUCUACAUCUCUUCCCAUGCUGCAACUCCUCGACGACUUUCCACUCAAACGAUCGUCGAAGUGGAGCAACCCAUUUCUCUCUCCCACACUUUUAAUGCCUUUCCCUCGCGAACCUCGACCCUCAAAUGUCCACCUUAUCUCAAACCCACCACUGGUUCCCAAGCCAAACCCCAGAAACCUCCGCACCCAAACCAAAAUCUCACCGAGGCGUCGUGAUAUCAGAGCUCACAUUUCGAGCACAAACCCACCCACAGCCUCCUCUACCACCAAACAUAUCGUCUUUGGCUCCGUCUUGACCGUUGCAUUCGCCACCACUAAUCGCGUGCUCUAUAAGCUUGCUCUUGUUCCCAUGAAAAAUUACCCUUUCUUUUUGGCCCAAUUCACAACUUUUGGGUACGUGGUUAUAUACUUUUCGAUAUUGGGUAUGCGAUACCAUGCCGGGAUAGUUACUGAUGAAAUGCUAGCGCAACCCAAAUCUCGGUUUGUGGUUAUUGGUGUCUUGGAAGCUCUUGGACUGGCUACUGGGAUGUCCGCUGGAGCCAUGCUACCUGGACCGGCUAUUCCUUUAUUGAAUCAGACAUUUUUGGUAUGGCAGCUGAUUUUUUCAACAUUUCUUUUGGGAAGGAAAUAUUCCUUUAGUCAAAUAGCUGGCUGUUUACUUGUAGCCACAGGUGUAACGGUAGCUGUCACAAGUGGGUCAAAUUCCAGUAAGAUGCUAUCUGGAGUUGAGUUUGUCUGGCCAGCAUUAAUGAUAGCUUCAAAUGCUUUUCAGGCUGGUGCAUCGAUUAUCAAGGAAUAUGUAUUUAUUGAUGCUGGAGCUCGCCUUGAGGGCAAGUCACUUGAUAUAUUUGUUGUCAAUUCUUUUGGAUCUGGCUUUCAGGCCCUUUUUGUCCUUCUUUUUCUACCUUUGUUGUCAAGCAUGAAAGGAAUUCCAUUUGCCCAACUUCCUUCUUAUCUAAAGAGUGGUGCUGGUUGCUUUCUAAACAUUGGAACCAAUUCAUCAGAUUGUAACGGGGCUCCGUUGCUUCCAUUCCUUUAUGUAAUUAUCAAUCUUAUUUUCAACAUAUCCUUGCUCCAUUUGGUAAAAGUGUCUUCUGCAGUUGUUACUUCUCUUGCUGUGAUGUUGUCAGUGCCGAUUUCGAUUUAUGUUCUUUCCCUUCCAUUACCAUAUCUACCAGAUGGUACUACUUUGAGUCCCUUUUUCCUCUUCGGCAAUAUGGUUCUUGUGUUGGGUCUUAUCCUGUACACCAUUCCUCAGCCUACCAAGCAAAGCUAAACGAUGCUUUCAUACAGAGCUUUAAGCCCCCGAUUGCCUUGUUAGACCUCGUGGACCAGCCGAAGAAUUUCCAUUUUUCUUUAUCAUUGUAAUUUACCAUUUACCAAUCACGAUGCCACGUUCACACUGAAUUUGACACUACAGAAUAUGUGGAGUCUCAACUCAACCUGGAAUUGUUGCUGUAUUCACUAACAACAAAUUUCUGAGGUUGCAUUUGCAUGUGCCAAUCGGCUAAAACUGUUUUCACUGGAAACAUCUGUUUUUUCUUUUUCUUUUUCUUUUUUUAUUAUUUUUUUAUUAUCUUAGUUAAAUCUUAUUCUC